CUCUUUUCAUGACCUCUUCAUCUCUAUUUCCCGGUUGCCGUUGUUCUCAUUUGUUUUCUUUUUCCUGCAAAAUGGAUUUCCGACACAAAAUAUCUCGACAAGUUCGUCAGUUACGAGAACGCCUGAAGGCCGUCACUAAACCAGGCAUAGAUACUCCUACUCUCACGAAGUACUGCUUGACUUGCAAAAAUCUACGGCUCUCCGGUAACAGUUGGCUCCGCUGUGACAGAAUUGAAUAUUCAGCCCGCUUGGGGUGCCGUUAUUGCAUUUUUCUGCUCAACGCUCUGAAGCACUUCAACGUCUUUGACGACCAGCAUCCUUUGCACCUCUGCGAGUCUCGCGGGAGCUAUUAUUUGUCGCCCUUGUUUAAAAAUGUUGAGCUUGAGCUGUACACACCAACGGGUUAUCCGCCAGCUUGGGACGGUAUUGCUCAAGACGCCAAUCCCCUUCAUGCCGUUCUGAGCGGCUCGCCUCAGACAUCUGAAGCCUACGAGUUUAUUCGUUCCUGUCUUCGAGACUGUGACGCCAACCACCCGGAAUGCAAGAUAGCAGGUCAAAGACUACCCACUCGACUGUUAGACGUACAGCAUGAAGGCGCUCCGCAAGUGACACUGGUCGAGACGGAGUCGCUUCCUGUGGGGCACAGCACGACCUACGUAGCCCUUAGUUACUGCUGGGGUGGACAACAGAGUUUGACGCUGAAGACCGAGAACCUGGAGGCCAUGAAGUUGGGUUUGAUGAUCUCCAGUCUACCGCAGACGUUACAAGAUGCCAUCGCCGUCACCCGAGCGCUAGACCAACAAUACCUAUGGGUAGACGCUUUGUGCAUUAUCCAAAAUUCUCCAAGCGAUUGGGAAGUGGAAUCAUCAAAGAUGGCCUCGAUAUACCGUGGUGCCUAUCUAACUAUUGCUGCUGCUACUGCCUCCGACGUUACUCAAGGGUUUUUAUCUGGCAAUUAUCGGGAAACAAACGCUUGGUACAAGGAACCCUAUCACGAGGAAUGGAUCAAUCAGCAAGAUUGUUCGACCAUUUUAGGUGCCCGACUGAAAUACGGAGUUUUCGGGCACGACGACGAACGCCAUCGGGUUUCUGCCCUGCCCUGGAAUCUUCGCGGGUGGACGUUGCAGGAACAAUUUCUCUCACGAAGAUUGCUCACAUAUCAUGCUUACGAGCUUCGCUGGGGUUGCCAGAAAAAAUCGGCCUGCCAAUGUCGUUCGGACCUGAGUCGCACAUUCCCGACUUGUUACCGAAUGUAUUCGCCGACCUACGGAUUAGUAACUUGGCGGCUAGCACGUGAGCAAUGGCGCCGUAUUGUUGAUGAUUAUACUGCCCGCGAGCUUACCGAUGCUCGUGAUAAGCUACCCGCAAUUUCUGGUCUUGCACAAGUCUUCCAAGAAGACAUUCAAUCUCCAUAUAUCGCAGGCAUGUGGAAAAAUGAACUACCUCUGAACCUCUUAUGGGCUGCUUCCAAGACCAAAGUAGGAUAUGCUCCAGAGCUUUACAUAGCGCCUACUUUCUCUUGGGCGUCCAUAUCCUCGCCGGUCGAUUCGUUAUAUAGGAUCCGGGACGCAAAUACUGCGUUCAGGAAAGGAUGGGUAUCUUUGGCUAGGGUCGAAGAUACUUGCUCCAUUCUCGAUGGCAAAGAUCCACUGGGUCGGGUGAAAGAUGGCUGGAUUAAACUCCGCGGUUAUAUCUUCAAAGCCACUUUAGUCGACAACGAGAACAAUGGGCAAGCAUAUUGCGCCUCGACUAAAUAUCUUGAAACCCGGAUUCAAUGCGACACCUGGUUAGAAGAGUUCCAAGCCACAAAUGAACACGGCGACGUGGAAAGAUCUGUUCGUCGAAUGCGCCAACCCUCGGUCAUAACUCCACAAGACAAUGAACCCUCACCAUCCAAAAUCAAGGGCGGCGCUGUUGGAUAUUUGCUCUUGAUCGGAUAUAACAAGGGCACUCCAUACACUUUCUUUUACUUCUUGGUACUGGGGUUGUCAAGCGAUAAACCCGGGAUGUAUGAGAGACUGGGUCUUAGCUUAUAUUAUAAAUCCGAGAAGAAGUUUGAAAAAUUCAAGUCAGGUCUCAUCGCUGCAGCAGACGACUACAAGACGAUUACCAUCGUUUGAUAUUGGGGCCAUUAACGAUGAUCUUCAAUGGGUUACACAUGUACAUAGACGAUUUUGUCCUGGUUUGGACUGGUGUUGCUGUUGGCUUGGAAACCGAAAGACAUGUUGCGCGUUUC